AUGAGGGCCUUCAGCUACAUCCUCCCCCUCCCCCUCCUCCUCGCGCCCUCGACGGCCCUGGCCGCAAACCAUGCCGAGGCCGCCGCCGUCUCGGAGCCGCUGACCACCGACUCGCUCGUGUCGGGCCUCAACCCGGGCGGGCCGAUCCAGACUUUCUCGUCCACCGCGGUCCCUACCACCGGCACCGAAACCGCAACGUCAGCAACCGCCACGGACAGCGGCAGCGGCAGCCUGACCCUGACCCUGAGCUCCGAGUCGACCACCAACUCGGCCCUUCACCCCAGCGAGCCGACCGGCAUCUCGGGCGGCGCCGACACCGCCACCGGGGCGGGCUCUUCGGCGUCGGCCACUACGACCCCCUCGUCUGAGGGCUCGGUUUUCGCGGACCGUGGCUCCUCGUCCAGGGUUGCGCUGGUCGUGGCGCUCGGGGCUGGUCUGCUUGGGUGGGUUGCGUUUUAA